AUGUCCAUCGGCUUCUUGGGUCGACCCACCGGUCUCUUCGCGGGAGGUGUCGGCGACGCACGAGAUUCAAGUUAUACAUUGCAGAUUUAUAUCAUAGCCAUGACCCAGUCAUCAGCUACUGAAACCCAUACCUCUAAUAAUAAUAAUGAAAUUGGUUUCAAAAAUGGCACUGAAAUUGAUGCCAAACCAAAACCUGAAUAUAAACUUGAACUGGUCUGGCGCAAUGUAAUACUUAUGAUUAUAGUACACCUGUCGGGUCUCUAUGGUUUAUACCUGGGUAUGUUUUUUGCCCAACCGACGACCGUUUAUUUCAUGUUUUUCGUGGCACUGCUUUCAUCAUUUGGUAUUCAGUGUGGGGCGCAUAGGUUGUGGUGCCACCGGACCUAUAAGGCCAAACUGCCCCUUCAGAUACUGUUGGCAUUCAUGCAUAUACUGGCCCUCGAGAACGACAUUUACGAGUGG